CACAGCUGUUGCCAUUCUUAUUCCUAGAGGCAGCGCUCUUCGGGCCGCCCCCGCCCUGCCCUCACCUCAGAGCCGCGCCGCUCCCCUGGGGCGGCAGCGUGGAGCGGUUGGUAAAGGCGGGCAGUUCAAACCCAAGCGAGGGAAAGCGGCUGUGGCCGCACGCGAGGAGCCGGUGUGGGUGGAGAGAAGCGAAGCGGCUUCUCACUAAGGGCAACGGGCCCCAAAGCCGGGCGGCAAGCUGUGGAGGCGGCAGAAUCCCCGCCUUCGCCAGCCCGCUGGCUGGCAGAGAGGGCAGCCUCGCCCUUCGUCUCAGGGAGCACCGCCGACCUCAUCGGCUGCUCUCGGUGGUGGGGGCUCUGGGGUCGGUUUGCUCUGCCCAGCGGUGUGCGAGAUAAGGAGGUGAAGCUGUGUGUUCGUGUCCAACAGCCCAGGUGACUGAGAGAACCCCCUCACCCGAUACUGCUCCCUAGGUAGCAUCAGUUAUCCUCAUCGCUGGUUGUCGGUAAGGGGUUAAAUAGUACUUUGCGUUCAAUACAUUUGCUGUGGAGGAUCUCCAGUUGCUUCACAAAUUAGGAGUUAAAGUGCAAAGCAGAAGAUGUCAGAUAGUCAUUCAGUAGCGUUCAAUAUUAUUAAAAGAAAUAGGUUAACGUCUCCCAGCAGCAGUUUUAAAGGCUCCAGUUUUAAAGACACUUGUUCCACUUCAGUAAUUCUGGACAGCAGAUGCCAUGAAUCAUUAAAUGAUCCUGAUGCAGAACAUAAAGAAACACCGAGAGCAACAAGUUUAUCUUUGCUACAAGGGCAUUCUGACCAUAUUCGUCCAAAUGACCUCUGUUCUGUGUCAUCUAUUGAAAAUGAAAUGAAUUCUAUCUCCUUAUCAGACAGAAGAGAAGCAAACAGGAGCACAUAUUUUUUUGAAACCCCCAAAGCGGGUAGAAAAGGCUCCUCGUUACGCAGGAGGCUGCUUUUAUUGAAGGCUGGUGCAGCUGUAGGGAGCUGUGAAAACCAAGUUGGUUCUUCAGGGAGCAGCAGGAAAAAACUAUUCCCUUCCGUUCUGAGCUCUGAAGAAAAACUGUCACAAAUUGCUUCACACUCUUUGAAAGAUGAAAGUUGCAACACCCUGAGAGGUAGCACUGUGGAGACUGAGGGCUCUAGUCCUGAUUGCCCAAAACGGCGACUAUCCUUUUCACAACAAAGGACUUCUACUCUAGAUGAGUCCAAAUGUAAGGAUCCCUCAUUGCUGGAAACAGAAUGUUUUUCUCCAAUUGAGGGUAAGGAUGUUACUGCUAGUAACACUAAUGAAUUCAGUGAGAGUGUCCUUUUAAGUGUUAGUGAAGGGUUGCUUCAGACUCCUACUUGCAGUGUGUUACCUGAGGCCAGUGAUAGCAAGAUCCUGAAUUCUAUUGAUAGUCUUGUAGAGAACUUCAACUUUGAGCUGUGCGAUGGAAACAAUCCCUCCGUUAAGCUGGCAAGUUACCCAAAUAUUUCAACACCUGAGGAUAGCGGAUAUAAUUCACUUCAACUGGACAAAUCAGGAGACUUGUUGUCUGAUCAUGAGGGUUCUUUUCAAGAGAGCUUUCGAAAACGCAAAGAAGGUUCCAAAAUUCUGGAUAUUAAAAGAAAGGCAAGGAAAAUUGAACGAGUGAGAAGGUUGUCAACUCUUCAGGAACAGGGCUCACAGUCGGAGACAGAAGACCAUCAUGGCAGUCCUAAUUCAGCACGUAUGUUAGUGGAAGAAAGAAGCUUUGUCACAGAAGACCGUGGAUUAGUUUUAAAGGAACAGACGAGUGAAGACUCAGCUGUAAAUUAUGGAGAUCUCUCAAGAACUCCAGCUCUGCAAGUAGUCCAUGAAAUUUGCUUGCAAAGACAAAGAUCAGACAAAAAUCAAUUAUCAAAGAAUACUGUCGGAACACAAAUAGUUGCAUUAAAACAUGUUCUCGCUGGACUUAUUGGCAAGAAAAUGGGCCUUGAAAAGUUAGAUAUUUUAACUGAAUUAAAAUACAGAAAUUUAAAACAUGUUCUUGCUAUUGUUUUAGAUGCUUUGACAGUGGAAAGUCUAUGCAGUAUUUGGAAAGUAAGCAAAAACUGGCGUGAAAUCAUUGUACAAGAUAAAAGAGCAGAUAGAAGGAGGAAGUCAUACAUAAAACAGCUGAAAGAAGCAGCUGAGGAACACUUAUUGAAAACUGAAGAUGCUGCCACAAGACUUAAUGUUCUCAACAGAUCUGCUCUAAGGCCAGUUCAAGCUCAAGCCAGAACUCCUGGACUACAAACACCACCCUCUUACACUGAGCUUACACCCAGGAGAUGCAGUUCUGUUCCCCAGUCAACCAGUAGACAGGAAGAAUACAUAAAAGUUGCUAAAACUCUAUUCACUGACGAAGCUCUAAAACCCUGUCCAAGAUGUCAAUAUCCUGCUAAGUAUCAGUUGGUAAAGAAAUGGGGGCUAUGUAGCAGAGAGGCCUGUGCCUUUGAGUUCUGCAUUUUAUGUCUGCAUGCUUUCCAUGGGUCCAAAGAAUGUAACAGCUUAUCAGCAAAACAGAAGAACAAAAAAGAUGCUCCUCCAGGAAGUGCCCAAAGCAAAAGAAAUUUAAAAAGACUCUAAAUCUGUAAGGCACACAAGUCCUUACAUUUCAUUCCUUUUCCCCUUCUUCCUAAGUACUGACAUCUUGGAAGUCUAAUCUGAUGUAGUUUUGCUUAUCAAGAUAACUUCACGUGUACAUAUCUUAAUUCAGUGCAUUUUUCUUUUUGAAAAAAGUGAAUAUUUUAAAACGUUUUGUUUUACCUGUCAUGUAGUAGCUAAGCACUUACUAACAUCUUAAUUAUUCAAUAAAGUAUCUUAAAUGUACUCUUCAAUAUCUAGCUUACAGCAUCUCAUAGGUGUUUAAAAAUGCAAUUCUUGUCUUAAUGACAAAUUAAAGAAAAUGAUUUUUAAAGAA